AUGUCAAUCGAUGAAAUGAUUGCGAGAUUUUUGGGCCGAAGUAUACAUACGGUUAGAAUUAAAAACAAACCUAUACCAGAAGGUUACAAGAUUCUCUCUUUAUGUGAUGCAGGUAUGGAAGAGAAUGAUCAAACAAAAAAACCAAGUACGCGAAGUCAGGUGGAAGAAUUAACACAUCAAUUUGAAAAUAUUGGUGCUAAUCUUCCAACAACGCAGAUAGAAAUAGCUGCAUAUGGUGCAGAUAUUUAG